AUGUCUUCAUCCACAGUGUCGGACAUGAGGGCUAGAUAUGGUCCUGAGGUCCAGAAGGUCUCCGCCGACACACCAUUGGACGACAUCAUCUACCUCCUCAAGCGUGACGGGGGCGUCUUCGUUAGAGAUCUGGUCCCUGUCGCUGAUGUCGACAAAGCUCACGAAGAAUGCCGCGAACGCCUUGAAAAUGAUGUGGAAUGGAAUGGCUCCUUCUUUCCAAAGGAGACUCAGCGGGCACCAGCCUUGUUGGCUCUCAGCCCUACGUAUGCCAAAACACAAGUCAUGAACCCAGUCUACCAAAAGGUGUGCGAGCACUUCUUGACCACCCGAAGUUGGUUCUGGUGGGGAAACGAGAAGAAGGAAUCUGUAUCAAAGCCAUAUGUUCACUCCUGUACUGCUAUGAGCAUUGGGCCCGGGGGCAAAGCUCAGCCCUUGCACCGAGACGACUACAUCAGCCACAACUAUCAUCAAGAGGUGAGUGAAUGGGAUGAUGAGCGAGACAAGGGCAGGGAAACAGCUGUUGGGCUCUUCGUGGCUGGCUGUAAAGUCACCAAGGAGAACGGUGGAACGCAAUUCAUUCCCCGGAGUCAUUUGUGGGGCACCGAUAGACACAUGCCGCCUCGAGUAGAGGAGUGCAUUUACGCCGAGAUGGAGAAAGGCGAUGCCUUCAUCAUGCUGGCAUCCGCGUACCAUGCCGGAGGCCACAACACAACAAAGAAUGAGAGACGACUGAUGUUUGCCACAUUCUCUAUUCGAGGUUAUCUUCGACAGGAGGAGAAUCAAUUCUUGUCUGUGCCCCAAGAUAUUGCAAAAAAGCUGGAUCAACCCAUCCAGGAGUUUAUGGGAUAUUCAAUGAGCGAUCCGGCCUGUGGGUACGUUGAUCAGAUGGACCCAAUCUUUGUGCUCCGUCCCGAGUUGAAGGGCGACGGGCGUCCAUCCGACUUUUGA